UAGGGAAUAAUGAGAUGACGCAGGGGCUAUGGUUCGAAACCCUAGCUCCCGACCACAAGAUCUCUGAGGCGCGCGCAAUGCAACAAGCAGAUUCAACGAUGGAGAGGAGGAACGGAAAUGGCGAAGCUCUGAAGGUGCUACCACUGACCAGAAACUAGCGACGAGAAGGGACAAAAAGGAAAGCCAAAUCCAGCUUCCGAACAAACAUACAAGUGUAAAUGCGAAUGAAGACUACAGUUAGUUUGAUUGGUUUGUGCGUGCUGGAACUGCGUCGUGAGUACCUUAAGUUGGAAUUGUCGUGGCUUGGGCAAUCCACAAACCAUUCGCGAAGUGGUGGACCUGGUUUCUACAAAGAAGCCUUAUUUUGUUUUUUUUGAUGGAGACCAAGUCUGGGGGAGAACAUGCUGAAAGAUUGCGUGUUAGGAUUGGCUUUGAUGGGUUGUUCUAUGUUGAUAGGAUUGGUUUGAGUGGGGGACUUGUGUUGUUUUUGAGGAAGAAUAGUACAUCAAGGUUGAUUAGCUUCUCAAGGAAUCACGUGGAUGUUGUUGUCUGUCCCAGGGGUGAUUCUCCCUGGAGGUUAACUUGUUUCUAUGGUUUUCUUGAAAGGGGGUGAUGUGGGGCCUCUUGGGACCUUCUCCAGAGUCUAAGCUCUCGGUCUCCUCUUCCUUGGGCUAUUGUUGGCGAUUUUAAUGAUCUCUUUUUCCAGCAUGAGAAGCCUGGUCCACUCCCACACCUGGAUAGCCUCCUUAGGGGUUUUGGGGAAGCGUUAGAUCAUCGUGGUCUACUACAUGUUUCGACGGUGGGUUACCCUUUCACUUAGGAGAGAGGUCGGGGUACGGAAGCUUGGGUGGAGGAGAGAUUGGAUAGGAUGGUAGAAAAUGAAGACUGGUGCAGGGGUUUUGAGGAUGCUAGAGUUGUUAUUAUUCUAAACGAACUUCAGAUCAUUCUGUUCUCUUCCUCGAUGUUCAUGAACACAAAAAGGUGGUGGAUGAGGCAUUGAGGGAGCGGCGUAGGGGAGGUUUGAUGGAGUGUGUCCAGGGCUGUGGUACUAGUCUGAUGAGAUGGGGCGGUGAUCUGUUUUACUAGUUUGGCAAACAUAUUCGAGACUUGCAUAGGGAGCAGCUGAAGUGGAGAGGGCGUGGUGACCAAAGGUCUCUAGCAGAGUUUCGUCAGAUUGAUCUAAAACUCUGGAAGCUCAAGAAGAUGCAUUUGGGAGGCAACGUGCUAAACAACACUGGCUACGGGGUGCUGAUGCCAACACCCGUUUCUAUCACUUAUAUGCAUUGGCUUGUAAACGGAAGAAUACCUUCACAGGACUCAGAGAUAGCAUUGGUAAAUGGGUUGAGGGGGCUGGUAUUAACUCCGUUAUUCUAAAUUAUUUUGAAGAUAUUUUCUCUGCAAGUGGCCCUAGGGUGAAUGGUGAUGAUUUUCUCUCUACUAUCACACCCUGUUUAAUCGCCCCUUUGGGAGCGAGGAGUUCAAGUCUGCACUUUUUUCUAUGUUCCCCAACAAAGCCCCAGGCUGAUGGAAUGAACCCUGGAUUCUACCUACAUUUCUGGAAUUUAGUGGGAGGGGGUGUGACUGAUUUUGUUUUGAGUUGAUUGGACUCUGGCACUUGGCCGGUCGGGUUCAAUGAUGCUAAUGUUAUUCUCAUCCCUAAGAAGAAGGAUCCUCAAACUGUGUCGGAGUUUAGGCCUAUUGCACUGUGUAUCGUUGUUUAUAAGAUCAUGGCAAAAAUGUUGCCCAACAGAAUGAAGCCAUUCCUGGGUGGGGUGAUCUCGGAAUCCCAAAGUGCUUUUCUUCAUGGCAGGUUAAUCACUGAUAUAAUUGCAGGAGAGAUUGAUUGGUCAUUUCGUUCAUGGGAAGCAGUUGGGGAAGGUUGGCUGGGGGUGGGGGGGGGUUAUGGAGGGUUUUCCUUAAGUGUAUGUUGUUGGCACUUGGUUUUGGGGAAAGAUGGGAGAAUUCAAUUAUGAAAUGUAUCAUGACAGUUACCUAUCAUAUUAUGAUCAAUGGUGGCGUAGGUGGUCGUGUGACCCCCACACGUGAAUUGUUUAUUAUUUGUGCAAAGGGACUUUAUAUCAUGUUGCAGCAGGCGCAGUCUUCUGGUGCUAUUCAUGGCUGCAGGGUGGCCCAUGGAGCCCCCGCGGUCUCCCAUUUAUUUCUUUGCGGAUGAUAGUCUGUUGUUCUUUAAAGCUAACUUGCAGGAGGCUGAAGUGGUCAAGCAGUGUCUCCGUACGUAUGAGGAUCUGUCAGGCCAGGCUGUUAACUUACACAAAUGCAAUAUCUGUUUUAGUAAGAACACUACGGGAGCUCGUGGUGGUCUCAUUGCAGGCGUUUCAGGGGUGACUGGAACGGAAAAUGUUGGUAAGUGUUUGGGUUUACCAUCUUUUGUUGGGUGGAACAAGCGAGCGGUUUUCACCUAUAUUGAAGAGAAAAUUACACAGAGAAUUAGUGCUUGGAAUAAGAGGUUGCUUAGGAGGGAAGGCAAGGAGAUUCUACUCAAAACCAUAGCUCGAGCUAUGCCUACCUUUUCUAUGAGCGUGUUCCUUAUCCCAAAUUCUCUGUGCUCAGCUGAACGCACUAUGAGUCGUUUUUGGUGGGGCUAUGGUGGUUCCAAUGGUAGGGGUAUACAUUGGAUGGCUUGGUAUCACUUAUGAUGUGUCCCGAAGAAGUUUGGGGACUUGGGGUUCGAAGACCUUCAUGCCUCAAAUAUUGCUUUAUUGGGGAAGCAGGGAUGGUGUUUGCUUACAAAGCCCCAAUCCUUGGUGGUUAGGGUUUUUAAAGCAAAGUACUUUCCUAAAUCAUCUUUUAUUGAUGCUGCUGUUGGGAAUUGUCCCAGUUACUGCUGGAGAAGUGUUAUGGCCUCCCAUGAUUUGAUUUGCAGUGAGAUUCGACCCAGGAUUGGUGAUGGGGCUGGUACGCUUUUGUGAUAUUAUGCCACAGCAGCUUUGUGGGACUGUGUUGGCAGGGUUGAUUGACCCUUUUUCACGUACAUGGGACCUUCCGCUUUUUUCACGUACAUGGGACCUUACACAGAUUAGAAAUUCACAAUAGUAAGAUCUCUCCUAGCCGGUUGCUAUGUUUUUCCCCUCCCUGCUUGUCAGGGUCUCCCUAGGCGUCUUGCUGCUGGAUUGUGCAUCUCAGGUCUUAUCCCUCCCUGAUUGUGCACUUGUCGUCUCCAUUUGCGAGUGGUCUGCUUAUUAGGAGGAUUUUCCCCGAUUAUCAAAUUGUUGGAGCAAAUCUGAAUUGCGAUUGAUUGAGGAGGAGGGUGCAAUUGCCGAUCUUGGGUGGGAUCCAUAUGCGGGGUUGCCAAUUGACUAUUCAUUCUCCUCUGUUUAUCAUCUUCAGCCUUCUGUAUUAUCCAGGUGUUAUUUGAAACUUUGUUUUAUUGUAAGAAACUAAAGGUGAUAAAAAGGUGGUGUAAGAACUUCAUCUUAAGGUGGGUUUUGCAGGUGCUUUUGUUGUUGACAGUCGGGCAAGAGCGGGGGUUUGGCUAUGCUAUGGAGGACUAAUAACACAUCACAACUUCUCGCGUACUCUCGCUUUCACGUGAAGACUUACGGGCUUCUAUGGUAAACCAAGGCGUGUGGCUAGGAACAUUUCUUGGACUUAUGUGUUAAAAGUUGAGUAUGGACUUAUGUGUAAAAUGUUAUAUUCAAAAUAGAUGUAGUUCAAUAAAUAGGAGGACUAUUUUUUGUAGUGUUUGUCGCUUUCCCUCCCGUUCUUCUGUUAAUUCGUUGAACUCUUUUGAUUCAUCUAAUAAUCAAGGUGAGUACGUGGA